CGCUUCCUCACUUCCCAUCAUCGUAAUUACACAAAGCCAUCCGAAGAGCAAGAAGAGGUCGGAAAUAUCGAAAUAUGGCAAGUGUUGGACCCCGGCCCGGCGCAAUCCACGGCUUUCAAAGGGCAACCAGACAAGAUCCUAGCCGCCAUCGAUGAGUUCGCCAGAACAAGGCACCAUCUCAUGAACAUCGGUCCGACCAAAGGCGAUCUGAUAUCAUCCCUGAUCGCAAGCGCAGGCCUUCGGUGAUGGUCGAGUUAGGUGGUUAUGUCGGUUACUCAGCCAUCCGCUUCGGCGACGCUCUGCGCCGUGCUGGCGGCAAACAGUAUUUGAGUCUCGAGAUCAACUCUGACUAUGCGGCUGUGGCAGGCAAGUUGGUUGAACUUGCAGGUUUGGGUGACAUUGUGCGCAUUAUCGUUGCACCUGCACACCUGACACUGGUAAGACUGGUUCACGACAAGAUCAUCGACCACGUUGAGCUGCUCUUCUUGGACCACUUCAAGGACCGCUACCUGCCGGAUCUGUGGUUAGUUGAACGGCUUGGCCUGCUCAAACGUGGCGUGUCAACGAUUGUGGCAGACAACAUAGGAAGGGGCCCAACGUUGGAAUAUCUAGCCUAUUUGCAAGCAGAUACUGCAGAUAAGCGCAAGAAGAUCGAACAGAGUGGAGCGCGUGUUGAUCUGGAUCGUGCCGAAUUGUUGCAGGCCGUACGAGCGAAAUCUGAAGAAGCAGCGGUCACGGCUAUCGAGAACGUAGCUGGAGAUCCCAGCCUGGAAUACGAGACUGAACUCCACGAAUUCACCGGGCGCCACCCUAGCCACAAAGACGGCGUUGCUAUUACAGAGGUGAAAGCCUAGAAUGGUGCACGGGCAUCCUGAUGCUUAAAUCUGAAUCUUUUCUUAAGUAUCAAAGGAUUGGAAUGAAGAGUAU